AAUACAACACGGACGCACAGUCCGUGCUAACGAUCGGCUGGUCCUCCGGUCGCAUCGAGUACUAUCCUUUGUAGUGUACGCGCCUGGCAUGACGAAGGGAAGGAAAGUUAUACUAAUGUGUGCUGAUGAAAAGUCUGGCGGCUUGAAGAAAACUCAUCGUUGCCCCAAUGGAUGCGGACGUUUUAUCUGCGCCGCAAGCUUCCGAAGAACGCCAGAAAGGCAAAUGGAAGUACUAUGCCGACAAUUUUAACCACUUGUGCCGGCUCUGUUUGUCCCAGGAAAGGUUGGUCGCCAUCUACUACAAUGUGCAGGGACGGAAUGCAUACUACAUACGAAAUUUCGUAAAACUGGCCCUUGAUUUGCUUAAGAUAAAGCAGAUCAAUAAGCACGAUGCGCUGCCGAACUUUCUGUGUGAAAAGUGCGAAAGAAAUCUGAACAUUAUAACAAAUUUUAAGCGAAAAUGUGACGAAUCGAUGAAGCUGUUGAAUGGAAUUCGCGAAAGCCGAUCGAGGCGAGAUCAGCUUGAUACACCAGCGAAGGCCAAACGAAGAAGGAAGGCUCCUACCAAACGAGUCAAACAGGAUUGUGCUGAUAUUUUAAAGAAGCUACCGCAGGAAAUUCACGUCGAAAAAAAGGCUGUGAGUCAAAAUCGGGAAGUUGGCCACGAUAGUACCGAUAUUGCAGCCAGCAGGGAGCUUACAGAAGAACUGCAAAAUGAUAGGCUUUUGGGAAGUACGAAGGAAGACGAACUACUAAAAGAAACCCAACCUCCAGAACAAUUGAGCAACAACCUACAAGCUGCUCACUCGGACGAGGAAAUAGAAUUCAUCACGAUGGACGAUUAUUUCGAAGUACAGGAAGAAACGGAGUACGUCAUAGACACCACCCAUAUCAUCCAGCGCAAAGGUGACCCAUCCGGCGAUGGUGCAACAGCCAAAGAAACGAAAAAACCACUCCCGAAAGAGAAGAUCGUGUGUUCCGUGUGUGGCACGAAAGUGAACAACAUCAAAUCGCACAUGGUCAUCCAUUCGGCUCGGGCACACAAAUGUGACCAGUGUCCGAAAAGUUUCACCUCACGCAACAAGCUACAAUCGCACAUCAACGGUGUACAUCUGCGAAAGCGUGACUUUAAGUGCGACAUUUGCAACAAAGCGUUCCUGGAGAAGAACAAUUUGAAAGGCCACUUGCGGAUACACAGCGGCGAACGGAAGUACGCGUGCAAUCUGUGCCCGAAAACGUUCCUGUUUGCGGGGACGUUACGCUGCCACAUGCUAACCCAUACGCAGGAGAAACGGCACGAAUGUGAGGUGUGUGGCAAGCUGUUCCUGUUGCGCACGACGCUUAACAAACAUUUGCGGGUACAUUCCGAUGAAAAGCCACACAGCUGCAGCGUGUGCGCUAAGCGGUUCCGGACGACGACCCAUAUGGUGGUCCACAUGCGUACGCACACGGGCGAGAAGCCGCUCAGCUGUCGCAUCUGUGGCAUGAGCUUUGCGCAUCACAAGGGCCGAAGUGUGCACAUGAAGACAAAGCACGCACAGGAGCUGGUUGAGCAGGGAUUGAUCGACGAUAAGGGUCAUUUGAAGUGUUAGCCAAUAUCAGCUACGGAAUAGUUUUACAAACCAAUCCCAAAUCUGAGUAGAUGUGGGCACCAUUGAUCUGAAAGGCUGCUAUCUUUUCACGGGUCAAACGAGCUUCUACUUCCCAAGUAAGUAAGUGUGAAGUGUGAGAAAGGUUUACUAAGCGGGAUCUCAGCAAAUAUAGGACAAUGUCCCUCUAUGAGAAUAGGGAUCUCCCUUUAAUUCUCGAAUGAACUAUAUGAGAAUCAAUGGGACGUGUCCUGAGAAGUAGAGGAGUGCUGCUACCUUGCCACGAUCGUGGCUUAGGAUAACAAGUUAAAUAGCAAACUCCUUCUCUUGGCUUGUACAGCAGAUAGUCGAAUAGUCGGUUCUUCAUACUGGUAAACUUUGGAAUUGGUUAACUCCUGUGGACCAUGUCGAAUCCCGGUCCGGAUCAUCCCUGAAAUACCUGAGUAUCCAGCUACGGGAAAAAUCAAGUCAAGGAAGCUAGAUAUGGCAGGCCAAAACCUCCAGAGCUUGAAAAGUGGCAAUGUAGAAGUAGUAGAUGAUGAAGAAGAAAAUCGGACGCCAUCUUUGAGCGUCGAGUGCUAAGGACUUCCCGCAUCGUCAGAAUGUGUGUGUGUGUGUGUGUGUGUGUGUGUGUGUGUGUGUGUGUAUGGUGUGUACCUUCCAUGUUGGUAGCUGGAAAGUCACUAGGAUGUGAAUUAUGAGGCAAAAGGUGCACAUCGAGCUAGCUAGCUGAAUCUAUUGAAGGGCUAUGGCCUCCAUGGGCCUAGGUUUCCUGUAAGCGGAUCGCGGAAGAAGAGUGGACCAAGACAAAGAAAAUUCAUCGUAGGAUAGCAAUUAAUGGCCAGAAGAGUAAUUGUUUCGAGUCCUUGACGAAUAUCCCUUAACCCUGCCAUAGACAGAACAACAUUCAAGUUAAAACUGCCGUGCGAUAUUCCAGCCAGACAACUUGUUCCCUUUCCGCAUCUCUCUUGCCACACAAAGAACCGUUUGUGGUAAUUAAAAAGUUACACACCUAUUAGAAAUAAAAGAAGAAGCGCAAGAAGCUAAGCUUGCAUGCAGAAUUGGAUGAAUAAAAUCCAUUUCGGCGAGCAAGAAAAAAAAAAGACACGGUCCACUUGCACCUACCAAUACGACGACGGUAGUAAAGAAAAGAGCAAAACAAACAUAGAAAUAACACAAUACGCACACAACCACAA